AUGGCAACAGUUAUCCUUGGAGGAGGUAUCAUUGGAACCUCAAUCGCCUAUUAUCUCUCCGAAGGUCAAUCUGGAGAGAAUAUCCAUGUGGUUGAUUCCUCAUCCAAGCUCUUUUGCUCUGCUUCUGGCUACGCAGCUGGCUUCAUGGCCAGGGAUUGGUUCGGCCCUUCUCUCACACCAUUGGGAGACCUUUCCUUCAGGCUGCAUCAGUCUCUGGCUGCUGAGAAAGGCGGCACAGAGAAAUGGGGAUAUAUGAAAGGGAGUGCACUCAGUCUGGGAGUUGCGAAGAAGAAGGGGGAAAAACGUGGAGAUGACCGGCUCCGUACGGGCACCAGUCGGGCAGAAACCGCAGCUGGAUCGGAGCAGGUCACCGCAGAGCCACCGCCGUGGCUGACAAGGCAGCAUGGAGCUGACGUGGCGAAGAUCAGCGAGGAUGAUGAUACAGCUCAAGUGGAUCCUCUGAGAUUGUGCGAAUAUUUUUUGGAUGCCUGCUUAGAACGAGGCGUGAAGGUCCACAAUCCUGUAAAGGCAGUGUCUACUGGAGAGGAUGAAGCCAUAACAGCAGUCAAGAUCGUCAAUCUUGACACGAAAGCUGAAUCUACCACCGCUUGCUCAAACCUUGUUCUCUGCGCUGGACCGUGGACAGAGCGGGUGCUUCAGGAGUUGUUCCCCACGGCGAAAGUUUCACUCCCUAUCUAUUCCUUAGCGGGCUACUCUUUGGUUCUGCGCUCUCCAAGAUACACUGUGGAGCACGAGCAAACGACAUACAAUGGCCGGAGUCAAGCUCUAUUUACCACAUGUCCCCUGUCUUGCGGCUUUUGUCCGGAGUUAUUCUCGCGACAAGGAACAGAGAUCUAUAUCGCAGGCCUUAAUACGACACAGAUUCCCCUUCCGGAUCGAGCAGAUAAUUACUACAAGUCGAUGGAUUAGAAGGAGAUGAGGAGGCUGAAAGCAGUCUCUGUCCGUCUUCUUGGAAGGCUUGCAGAGGGCAGCUCUGAGGCAACAGACGCAAUCACGAACACUGACGAUUUGGAGAUCCUACGUGAAGGGUUGUGCUUCCGACCCGCUUCGGAGAGUGGAACCCCUUUCGUAGGAAAGAUUGAAGCUAGCUCAUUGGGGGCGAGUACAACCGGAGGUGUGUAUGUUGCUGCAGGCCAUGGCCCAUGGGGCAUCUCGCUCAGUCUAGGAACUGGCAAAAUUGUUGCCGAGUUAGUGACAGGUGCUGAGUCUUCAGCGGAUAUUAGUGGCUUGGGCGUGUGAAUAGAGAUAUUCGGACAGAUUGACGGAGAGUUUGAAGUUAGACAAGCAAUUAUGUUAGUCACCAUAAG